GUAUUAUCUGUGUCAACUGUCAAUCUGUCAUUCUUUUUUCGUGCGAGGCAAACUAAAGCACGCGUUCCUGGAUUUUUCGAUUCUAAACGUUAAAAAUCCUGUUUUAACAUGCCGAAAAGUAAACGUGAGAAAAUUAAAUCCUAUCGUCGAAAAUUACGCCGCCUGGAGGAAGAAGAAAAACACCAUAAAAAACGACGUCGGAUUGUGUACUCAUCCUCAGACGAAACUUCGGAUAAUGAGCCACAUGGUCAAAGUGAGAUUGAGGGCGAACCCGACAGGACCUCACAUGACGAAGCCGGCGCGCUUGGAGAGACUCCGUCCAAUUAUGCACCUGUGUCUGAUUGCGGUACAGAACCAACCGCACCCGAAGUGGCCAUCAAUGGAAACACAGACCCCAUACAGAGUAUGAUUCCGGAGCUGGAUCCAGACAUCCUGUCUGCUUUAGGAGAAACAACGGAGGAGACACCUAAGUUUGGAGAGAAGAUUCACGACAAGCUGGCUCAGCUUUGGCAGCCUAUUCUGCGGAAAGGCUUAACAAAAGAAGUUAAAGAGAAAUUGAUAAAACAAUUUGCAGUGCCUGAGAACUGUCCGCUACUACAAGCCCCUAAAUUAAACCCAGAGCUGUUGGCUGCGGUAAGCGAACCUACUAGGUUCAAAGACAAAAGAGUAGAACAGGUACAACAACAGCUGGGGCUAGGGCUAACAGCUCUUAAUAAGGGAUUAUCCUUACUAUUAGAACCUGAUGGUGAAAGGGUGUUAGCAAUAAAACAUCUAAGUGACAGCUGCCGCAUACUGUGUGACUUACAUUUCUUGGAAACUGAGGCCCGAAAACGAUUUAUAACACCAGGUUUAGAAAAGACGUUCUUAUCUAUAAUCAAAGACGUGGAGAGAGAUGAUACCCUGUUUGGAAAUGGCCUCUCAAACAAGAUCAAAGCCUCCAAGGCUAUUGAGAAGCAGGGCUUCCAAAUAAAGAAGGCUGUCCCAACUACAAAGGCAGUAACUGCAUCUCCUACCCCGGCGAGCAAUAACCGCCCUCGGUUUCAGGGAAACUGGAUGGGCCCUCCUCGAUACUCUUCCAACAGGGGUGGGAGAGGGGGGCAGAGGAAGCCGGCCCAAGCUCCAAGGAGGACGACCCAUGCUGCUCAAUCAAAAGCACCACCAUCGAGCAGACAACAUGCCCCGUCGCACCAUCCAUAGAGAUCAAUACACCCACUGCACAAGACCCUUACCCUGGGGGCCGCGAUGCUCUCAGGAUCGCGUUCGCAAGACGGAAUACUCCCCAAGUAGCGCUAGACCUUAUGCUGUCCUCUAUCUCAUGCAAUACGUUGAAACAAUAUAAUGUUUCAUACAAGUUGUGGUGGGUAUAUUGUACUGAGAAUAAGAUUGAGGUCUUUAAUCCUGAUGUUUCUUCUAUACUAAGUUUCUUGACAAUACAGUUUAAAAAUGGUGCGUCUUACGGGUCAAUUAACAGCCAUCGAUCUGCGUUAUCGUUGCUUGUUGGGAAUGAUAUCGGCUCAGACGAUCGAAUCAAACGACUUCUGAAAGGCGUUUAUAAGCAGAAACCAACCCGACCCAAGUACUCUAGUACAUGGGACCCCCAGACUGUGCUAAAUUACAUUUCCGACUGGUUCCCUAACAAAGAUUUGUCGUUAGAAAAACUCACUAAAAAGCUGGUUGUCUUAUUAGCCCUAUGUACCGCUCAUAGAGUACAGACAUUGUCCCUCAUAAAGGUAAACAAUAUCCACAAAAUGACCUCAGGAAUAAAGAUCUCGAUACACGAUAUUAUUAAAACCUCUGCGGCGGGUAGAGAACCUCCCGUAUUAUUUUUACCGUUCUACGAAGAGAACCCGAGGAUAUGCCCAGCAACGGCGUUACUAGAUUACCUCGAGAGGACACCAUCGCUAAGACCCGACAACAUAGAUGAGCUUCUCAUUACUCAUAAGAAGCCCCAUAAGAAAGCCUCUGCCCAAUCGAUCAGCAGAUGGAUUAAGCAAACACUUUCAGAAAGUGGAGUUGACGGAAGGGUAUUCAGCGCGCACAGUACGCGGCACGCGUCCACGUCGGCUGCGGCCUCCGCUGGUGUAUGUCUGGACACUAUAAGGAAAACAGCCGGUUGGUCCACCACGUCGCAGAGCUUCGCUAGAUUUUACAACCGUCCAAUUAUAGAAGAAGGAGUUUUUGCUAAAAUGAUUCUGAGGGAUAAAAACGUUCCAUAAUAUAUUUUUAUAUAAUAAAUAAAUGAUUGUAUACGUAUACUGCUCGUAAAUAAUUCCUUUAACUAAUUAUUAAUGAUAAGAAUAAUCUGUGAUUAUAAUUUUAAGUUUCGUUUGCUCAAAGGUAAAGAAAUAAAUAUUUUCUGAUUUCAUAAAA